CAAUAACGUCCGGCCGCCGCUCGGGCCCGCUUCCGGGAGGGGGCGGGGGCAGGGCGGCGCGCCGGCUCGCGGGGGGGCGGAGCAAGAUGGCGGCGGUACCGGCGCUCCCGGUGUCCCUGUCGGGCAGGUUUAAGGGAUCCUUUGCAUAUUUUACGAUUAAAGACCGACUCCCCCAGAUCCUCACAAGAGUUAUUGAUACUUUGCAUCGACACAAAAAUGAAUUUUUUGAAGAACAUGGUGAGAAGGGUGUUGAAGCAGAGAAGAGAGCUAUAUCUUUCCUCUCCAAACUGCGGAAUGAGCUGCAGACAGACAAGCCAGUGACCCCUUUGGAAGAUGAGUUGCCUGAUGCUGUGCUGUGGAACCAAUACCUGGAAUACCAACGAAAUUUACCAAAUGGAAAUGGAGAGCCAAGUUGGUUUCAGUCCCCUUGGCUGUACGUAGAGUGUUACAUGUAUCGAAGAAUCCAUGCAGCAUUAGCACAGAACCCACCUAUUGACAACUUUGAUGUAUUUAAGGAAGGAAAGGCUCAAAAUUUCUUUGAAUCCCAAGAAGCUGUUAUUGCCUUAUGCACUUACUUUCAGGAACUUCUUAAGAACAUCAAGGAUCUAGAUGAAAAGCAACUUCAGGAGGAGCUUUUUAAGCUAUUGCAGGUGUCAUUGUGGGGCAAUAAGUGUGACCUUUCUUUUUCAGCUGGUGAAGACAGCUCUCAGAAAUCUAGUCCUUUGCAAUCCCUGGAAAACAUGGUACCUUACAUCUUAGUGAAUGAUAUGGAAAAAGUUUGGUCAUUACUAAAUGCCAAAAAAAAUAGAACAGAAAGAAGUAAUGUUAGAGUUGACAUAAUCCUGGAUAAUGCUGGAUUUGAACUUGUAAGUGAUCUUGUGUUGGCUGAUUUCUUGUUGUCGUCAAAGCUAGCUGAUGAAGUCUAUUUUCAUGGAAAAAGUAUUCCAUGGUAUGUAUCUGAUACCACAAAGCAUGAUUUUAACUGGACUAUUAAACAACUGGGGUCAGCUAAUCAUAUGUGGAUGUCUAGAUGUGGGAUAAACUGGGAGGGCAAUUUGAAAAAGGGAGUUUGGGUUUUCCGUGACCACAUGUUUUGGACUUUACCACAUGAUUUUUCCAGUAUGAGUGAAGUUGCUCCUGAUUUGUAUGCUGAGCUACAGAAGUCAAACUUGCUUCUCUUCAAAGGUGAUCUAAACUAUAGAAAAUUGACAGGAGAUAGAAAAUGGGAAUACAGUGUCCCGUUUCAUCAAGCCUUGAAUAAAUUUCAUCCCGCGCCUCUCUGUAGUUUGAGAACACUGAAAUCUGACACUCAGGUUGGCCUGAAACCUGGACAAGGUGAGCAAAUUCAGGCUUCUGAACCUGAGUGGAUGAAAUCUCAUGACCACGUUCUUUUGGAUAUUCCCGUCACUAGAGAGCAAAUGAAUCACUAUCGAGCUGCAGCUGAAACUGCUCAAAGUGAAUUUGCAGCACUUUCAGUGAAGUAUGACUGUGCCCAAUCAGAGCUUCUUAAACUCAGGUCGAGCAUGAUCUCUAAAGAAGCUUCUUUUCAAGAGCUGAAGGCUGAAGCUGAAAGCUAUAAGGAAAACGAGGCUAGACUGACGUCCCGCCUCCUGUCUUUGCAAACACGAAUCCAGGAGAUGGAGGAAGAGCUGUGCGUGCUCGCUGCUUCUAAAACCCAGGCUGAGCUGGCAGCGCAGGUGGCAUGCAAGGAAAAUUUGGAGCUGAAGGAGGAGCUUCAUGAGAAAAGUGCAGAACUUAAUAAAUAUUUGAAUGAGUAUGAAGAAAACAUGACUCAAGCUUCUAAAAUCAGCAAAAACUAUGAAGAGCUCCUUACACAUCUUUCUGGAUUCUUGGACAUAGACAUCAGAGAAAAAGAGAAACCACAAGAACAUUUAACAUCAAAGGUCUCUGACAUAUCUAAAGAAAAUGUGACAUUAAAAGAUCAGGUUGGUGCUCUUCAAGAAGCUGUGAAUGGCCAUGAGAUGGAGUCUAAAGCUAACAGAGAAACUAUCAUGAGACUAGUUUCAGAAGUGGCCAAGGAGCAGAAAAAGGCAGCAGGAUACUACCAAGACAUGGAAAAACUUAGUAAGGAUCUUGACAGUGCUAUAAUAAAGAGGCAGAGUUUAGAGAUGGAGAUCAGAAACCUCCAAGAGAGCCUGGCUGUUAACCAGAGAGCUUUGGACACCUCAAAGCAGGAGCUGCACAAUCUGAAGAAAUCUUCCAGUGAGUUAGAUGCAAGCUUGAAGAGUAGCAGAGAAGAGGCCAGGACUGCUCAGAGAUCUUUAGAGGCUUUUAAAGAAGAAAUUGCUACCCUGCUCAGCUGUGGAUCUGCAAUAGUUAAACCUUCUGAGAAGGCCAUUUUGGAGAGGAUCCAAGAAAUAAAUUGCAAAGAGGAGAAUAAAGAAAUAAUGGUAUCUCAGCUUGAAACACAAUUAGCUAAAUUGACUAAAGCUUUGGAAAAUCAGACCAGAUUGUACCAUGAAGCCCUGGAGAGGAGCAGGAAAGCUGAAAAAUGUUCUGAGAAUUUCCACGAUCAACUGAAGCACUUGGAAGAGGAAUUAUUAACUGGAAACCUGAUGCAAGAUGGUUUGAAGCUUGAGAAACAAAAAUAUCUGAAAUUUCUGGAGCAACUUAAUGAGAAGAUGAAGCUGGACAGUCUAGCAGCAGAGGUUGGAUUUGAUAUGGCUAUGGAUGUGAUUCUGGCCCGGGUAGAGCAGUUGGUGAAACUGGAAGGGGAUGCGGUGGUUGAGAACAAGACUGUGGCAUACAGCCUCAGAAGGAAGUUGAAGGCUCAGAAAGAAAAACUUGAAAACAAAGAGCUGCACAUGAACCUUCUGCGGCAGAAAAUAACUCAGCUGGAAGAAGAGAGGCAAGUAAGGGCUGCCUUAGCUGUGGAAAGGGAUGAGGCCAAUCUUGCUGUCAAAAAGUUACAUAAGAUGAUAGAGAGGCUACAGAAGCAGCUUGAUCUGGCAAGGGAAACAAAUACUGAUCUCAAAGCCAAGCUGUCUGAAACCAGUGAACUUAAGAUCAAAACUUUGGAGCAGAACAGAACGAUAGAGGAACUCAGUAAGUCUCAAGAGAAAUUGGAAAGAAUGAAAGAAAAAGCUGAGAAACAACUUAGAUCUGCCAAAUCAGAACUACUUUUAAAGGAGCGUAAAGCUACUGAAGAUAAAGAAAAAAACAAAAAUAUGUUAGAAGCAAUUACUAGUGAGAUGAAAGUCCUUAAAACAACCCUUGCAGAACUAGCAAAAAGAGAGAGACAGCUGGCAGAUUUCCGAGAGGUGGUCUCGCGGAUGCUGGGCCUUGACAUUGCCAGCCUUGCUCUUCCUGACUAUGAAAUCAUUUCACGCCUUGAAGGGCUGAUUCACUCCCAUCAGCACCUCUUCUUCCCCUGUGUCUGCCUCAAAGACAUGGCAAGGACCCCAGAGGAGCAGCAAAGAAACAUCCAGCUUCUUCACUGAACGGAGAUGGAACCAAGUAAAAUUUUCUGUUUGCUUCCUUACCUGCUGGACCUCCACAAGAAACAGAUCCCUAUUUCUGCUCCCUAUUCUAGACAACCAUCUAGGGCUGAUUUUUUAGAACUUCAACAGAGAGACUGUUUGGAAUGGGUAGAGUCAAGCCAGCAGCCUGGAGAUGGCAAACAGAAAAUCCUGGGUAGCUUAAUACUUCAGUUAUGAAAAUGGUAGGCAACACAUCAGCAAUGCUCUCAAGUUUCAGUGCAGAGGCAGUGAAGUGAUGGGUCACCCCAGGUCAGCCCACAGUUUUGAGAAGUUACUGCUUCAGUGGCAUUCCUUGUGUUUUACCUCUAGGUGACAAGGAUGAAAUCAAGUAGGGGUUGUUCUUCUGCUGUUCUUCUUGCCACCUGGGACAUCUCUGCAUUUUUACACAUAAGGGCUUCAACACAAUUGUCUGCAAGUUAGAGGAUUAUUUCAAUUUUGGAACAAGAUGGGUUUUUUUUUUUUCUGUUGGCUUCUUUUGUCUGCUUGUAUGGCAAAACAAAAAAAAUCAUUUUUGCAGCAAAGGCUUUCUCACAGGGUCCUGUCAUUUGCCUCAUAUAAAUAUAUUUGGUAAAAUUGAGUGUUGGCCUUGGUCAUGAUGUCUUGAAAAGUUUGCUUCCAGCUGCUGUAUUCCUUGGGCAAUUAAUCCGCAUGGCAAUUCUUCUGAGUUAAUGAAAAAUUAUUUUAGAAUUCUUGUUCACUACAGAAAAUAGCUGAGUGUUUAUUUUCAGAGAAGUGAUGAUGAGGUGUACAGAACUACCUCUUAAUCAUAAAAAACGCUUUCUGAGUGUUGCUAAAAUUCAUGUUUUUAAAAAAGAAAUAUGGACAAUAAAUCUGUUUUAAUAGCACAUUCAAACUUGAUUCUGUGGUUUUAGUCGUCUCUUCCCAUUAUAGGUUUUGUAUGGUUGUGUAGAACAGUAAAGAUGACUUACUUAUUUUUGUCUUGACCACUUGUGGGCUUUCUACAGUAUCUCAGUGAAUGAUGACCCACUCAGUAAAACUGAACACACUAUUUUAAGAAAAAUGACACUUUUUCAAGUAAGAGUGGUAAUUUGGGUAUCUGGCUGGGGACUCAAACCAUGUUUUUAUUUCUUUGGCUUCUGAAGAAUUGUUUCUCAUUGACUUGCUGUAAAAUAAAGAAAUAAACACUCAA